AUGAUUAAAAUUGAGGAGCAAAGAGAGAUUAAGCGUCAGAGAAAGAACCCAAUAACAUUUCUUUCCUUUCCAGAUGAAAUUUUGAUCAACAUAACAUCACAAUUAUCUCAAAAGGACACAUUAUCAUUAUUGUAUUCCAAUAAGCGUUUUGAAAGAGCAUGCAAAGUAAGGCUUUAUAAAAACAUAGUUUUAAUCAAACACUUCGGUGCAUACCACUUCAAGAAGUUAGCAAAUUAUAAUUGUUACUCCUUCAUAGUCGGAGGGAAUAAAAUUUUAGCACUAUUAAAUGCUUUAAUAGAAGAUAAAACAUCACCAUCGGGAACUUCACCAAGACUUUUUGUUGAACAAAUUAUUACCUAUGAGAAAUUGUUUAACUUUUACAGUCAACCAGGAUCUUUUGAACAAAAAGUCGAAGAAUUAUGGAUACCAUUAACCAAUUGUCUCAAAAAUUUAAAGGUUUUUAUUUCGCCAAGGACUCCUCAUAGUUACAUCUUUUUGAUGAACAAAGAUAUAGCUCAGAACUUAUCUGCGCUCUCUAUAAGUUCUAAAUGGUUCAGUAAAGGAAAUUAUCAAUUUAAUCUCAAAGCAUUCAAGCUUCAAAAUUUGAAAAAGCUGAAACUUAAUGAUGGUGUUACAGAGCCAAAUUUUAUUAGCAUGUUCCUGGAAUUAUUGAUAAUUGAUGGUCAACAUUCCAAUACGUCAUUGGAGGAAAUCGAAAUUAACCCAGCAUUUGGGUUUCAAGAUCUCUCACUAGAUGAAAAAUUAUCAGAUCGUUACUACACAGAGGAUACCAACUUACUUUCGUCAUUUUUACUUGGGAACAAAGAUAGACAUAGACUUGCUGAUGUUGCUUAUAGAGGAUCUCCCAACUUUGAGGAUGAUACGAGCUCAAUACUGAACUUGUGGCGCUCCAGGGAAAUUAUUGAUGAUGUUCAAAGUGCUAAAGAUAUUGCUGAGCGUCAAUUUAUUAUGUCACAUAGAGCUGUUAAGGGGCCCAAAUCCAUAAAUACAAGGACUUGGAAUGAAAAUGCUCAAGUUGUACCUCAGAUGUUGAAAAAUAUUAGCUUUCAAUUUCUACAUGACCGGGAUCUUUCAAUUCUUAGUCGACCAGAGGGAAAUGAUUCAGAAAUGUUUUCUUUGUUCUUGAAAAGUGCAGAAAAGCUUGGUUUGUCAUUUCCUAAUAUUAAAAAACUCGUCAUUUCAAACAUGGUAUUCAAGGCUGAUCAUUUUCUCAAUUACAAUACUGAAUUCUGGAGGCUUUUCAAUACCGUUUUUCCUAAUUUUCAUGAGAAGGUGGAAAUUUUGCAAUUUAGAAAUAUUGUUCACAAACCUUUGACAGGUCAACCAAGUUUAUACGGUGAUAUUACAGACCAAAGACUACAACAAGGAUGGGAAGUAAUUGAGAGAGCAAAUUCUUUUCUUACUUGUUUCAUUCAAGAGCAAAAGAGUUUUCCAAGGCUCAAGAAAAUGACGUUCUUCAGCGCUCCAUAUGAAUUCCAUAUAGAAAGAGCUGUGAGUGAAAGGGAAACAAGGAUUGCUCAUGAUGUAUCACCAAUGAAUCCAUUUGUCAAGUAUUCUGAGCUAUUAAUUGAUUUUACACUAUUAGCACCAGCACUUGAAGAACUUGAUUUUGUUGCCCCAAAAUCUGUUGAAUUCAAACAUUUUGUUAAGAUUAUAACUUUAUCUCCUAGACGGGGCUUUUUCAAAAAACUCAGUUUUAUUUCCUACGAUGAUAUCAUUUCUAUCAUUACAAAAAUACUCAACCUAAAGAUCUUCAAAAGGUUCAAUAUGUUUGAUGAUUUUAAGAAGAUUGACAAUUAUCACUAUUUGUGUUCUAGAAUUGUGAAAGAACAUUUCAUCAGUGCUACAAAAACUGAAGAUUAUGAAGGCCAAGACUGUCUUAAAAACGACAAAGAUGCUUUAUUUUUCAAAGAUGAAUUUCAUUGUCUUUUCAGAGAAGAUGCUCAAACAUUGUUUAAAAUAUGUCCAAGGUUAACAGAAGCUACGUUCUAUGGCUUUACUUUCUAUAAGGAAGAAAUGAAUUAUUAUGUGUGA